UCUAUCACACCUCUACGGCGUUCCUCCUCGGGCUCUCCAUACGUUGAAAUCCAUCUCCUCCUACUGACCAAUUUCUGAUGCAUUUCUCUUUUCUUCCCCGAUUCCGACUCAGCCGAGUAUUUACAUGUUUGUUUCCCAUUGGUUACUCCCGGGGAAGGUGGGGUCAGAGGAGCGCUUCAGAAGCGCUUUCUGAAUCAAACCGUCGGAGUUUGUGAAAGCGGCUCCCGGCUGAAAGGAGACGACGGAGCGCUAGACGACCGAGCGGCAAAGAAGCAGGCAAGAGACGGUCGGCUCCGACAGCGGGAGCUACUGAAAGGUUUUGUUAUCCCCCACCUCCCCAACCAAAAACAAAAGAUUUCGAGAAAGUAUUCAGGGUUUUUGUUCCCGGGUCCGUACCGUGCACGACGCUCCUGUCCGGGAUUUUUCAUCCAAGUUUGCCACCCAUCAAGGAGAAGUGCUGAAACUUCGCAGGAAAUGCGCUUUGACAGAACUAAGACCCAACAGCCGUGACACUGCCCGGGGACACUAUGAACGGACGCUUCUCGGCUUGACUGGCUUCAGUGUGUGCACGGAGCGCGGAGUAUUAUGAGGCAGCAUGGCUUGGUGGGAUCGCGGGGUUCAAACGCUGUUGACCACAGUGGGGGCAUUCGCAGCAUUUAGUCUGAUGACCAUCGCGAUCGGCACGGACUACUGGCUGUACUCCAGGGCGUACAUAUGCAAUGCCACCAACAUCACCACGGACGAAACUCAGUCGCAGCCCAAGAAAACUAAGGGGGAUCUCACACACUCCGGGCUUUGGAGAAUCUGCUGUAUCGAAGGCCUAAACAGAGGAAGCUGUUACCGAAUCAAUCACUUUCCAGAGGACAACGACUACGACACUGACAGCUCUGAAUAUCUUCUCCGUAUAGUUCGUGCCUCCAGUAUAUUUCCCAUCCUCAGCACCAUCCUGCUGCUGCUCGGGGGAUUGUGUGUGGGAGCUGGGAGAAUCUACAGCAACAAGAACAACAUCAUUCUCAGCGCUGGCAUCCUGUUUGUAGCAGCAGGUCUGAGCAACAUCAUUGGCAUCAUCGUCUACAUCUCCAGCAACGCGGGAGACCCCAGCGACAAGAAGGAUGAGGACAAGAAGAACCAGUACAACUACGGCUGGUCCUUCUACUUCGGGGCCCUGUCCUUCAUCGUGGCCGAGGCCAUCGGCGUGCUGGCGGUCAACAUCUACAUCGAGAAGAACAAGGAGAUGAGGUUCAAGACCCGCCGGGAGUUCAUCAAGACUACCUCCUCCUCUUCCCCGUACUCGAGGAUGCCCAGUUACAGGUAUCGCCGGAGGAGCUCGCGGUCCAGCUCGCGGUCCACCGAGCCCUCCCCGUCCAGAGAGACCUCCCCCGUGGGCCUGAAGAUGGUUGGCUCCGUCCCCAUGGGCGACAUCUCCAUGUACACUCUGACCAGGGAUCAAUCGAAAUCCAGCACCGGAGCCUCCUACAGCCCGGAGCAGGACUCCGGCUUCCUGCAGGUGCACAACUGCUUCCCGAAGGACAAGGACGGGAUUAACAGAAGGACGACACCUGUAUGAAAGCACGGGAAGACUCGGCUGAGAAUAUCAGCAAACGAAAAAAAGGAAUAAAACAAUAACAACAAGAAGCUCCGGAUGAAGAUGUUAUUUUGCAGAGGAGGACCGAGGACUCAGUGCAAACUGACGUGGGGAGCCAGGAUAAUGGGUAUUAAAUGGAAGCAGGAAGAUAGCAUCUCCUUUCUGGAACGAAGUGUCAACAAACCUGAGUGAUGUGCAGGAAAGGAAGUGAAAGGAGAUGGUGGUGGGGGGAGGGGGACAAUUAGGAGCACCGAGCCUGAACUCAUGCAUUAAAAUACUACACAGGUACUGGGGGAAAGCCAUCCGUGCAUUUUAAAUAGCACUUUGUGAAAAAAAAAAGAUGAUAGUUUUCAAAGUACAGUAAAACCAGAUUUAGUAGCAAUAUAUUCUGUGAUACACAGGAAGCCACAGUGACAACCCCCUGUCCCAGCACACCUUUGAACCUGGAGAUUCCUUCUACGGUUUCUGUCAUCGAUGUUGUUGUUGCUGUUGUUGUGAGUCACGUGUCUGAGUAGAUGUUUCUGAAAUACCUAAGCCUGCAUCGCAUAAACUGGUGCUAGUUGAAAUGUAGCCGCAAAGCAAAGGCCUCCCACCCCCUCCUCCACCCCCACACACCAAGUUUCCCGCAGGUUCUGUUUUCCUGACGUUUUUCUGGGCUUGCUUCUCCGGCAGUCAGGGAGAAAAGCUGUUUGCUCCGUGCUUUCGGUUCUGCUCCUGCGCUACCUUACCAAGUGUUCCCAUCCAUACAGCUUCUGCCCAGCUAGCGUCCGCGUCACAGGCACAGAGACCCUGCCAUCACACUGGUCUUGUCAUCGGAUAUUUUACACACUGGAACGGGAGCCUCAGAUUUCACAACAAAAAUUGAACUUAUCCUCAAAAUCUUAUCGUCUAACACGUUGGGUACCUAGAAACGCUCCAAGAAUAGGCAGGACUUGACUUAUUUUGCUCAGGGAAGGUGUGGUCAUGGAUUCAUUUUCGGGGGGGACAACAACAAACGCAAAACAAAAGUUUUUAAAAGGCUCGUUUUUAAAGAAGAAAUUUUACCUUUUUUACACUUUUUUUGUAAAUCGCAGAAAGACUGUUACUGUCCUGGCACAGCGAUAAGGAGACGCUUUUCUUCUUGCCCUCAGAGUGACCGUGUCUCAGGCUUGGAGUAACGUUUGAAACUGUGCAUCGUUCCAAAGCAGAGGUCUUGUAGGCGGCAAACAGUGUUUUUUAUGCAGACUCAUUUCAUAUAAAUGCCAAAGGCGCUGAGAAAUGCAAAUGGAAGAGAACCUGAUGUUACUUACAGCUUAUGUGAACACAUCAGCAACCGUAAGAAAGAUCACCUUGGGCUAAAAAAUAGUCUGUAUGAACUUAAUAAAUGAAGACAACUGACUUUUUCCUGCAGUCAAACAGCAUUGAAAUUCACAUCUUUAGAGUGAAAACCUAAUGUUUAAGUACCAUCACAUCAAACAGGAAAAAAUCAGUACUGAAGGACUCUAAUUACAAUAGAGUGUGUAUUGCUUUCUGAAGGACAUUUCGAAUGUGUUCGGCACAGUGCAGAAACGAAGGGCUAUGAGGAACACUGGCAACAAAUUUGUCCCAAAAGGUCUCUCCUCCUUGUGUGUCCAGCAUUAUUUCAUUGUAACAUUGUAGUCAGUCAUCAGUCAAGGGAGUAUCUUGAUUUUACAGUGAUGCACAGAUCAAAAUUCUGUUUUACUAUACUACAGUAUUUUAUUGUACAGUAUUAAACAUAUUUUCCCGUUUUUCUGGGUGAGUUCCACAAGGCUCACACCAUUCUGCAAUUCAGAAUCUCUCGUCACUCAAUUGAAAAACAGCGGGAGAGAGAGAGAGAGAGAGGAUUGUGUGAAUCCUUUUGUUUCCUGGAGAUCAGUGCAAUAACUCUGCUGCCAGAUCACUGCCUGUUUUAAAGCAGCCCAGUCUUGUCACUUUGAUAAAGCCAGCACUGUUGCUCCUCAGCAUAGCUCCCCACCUCCCCAAGUCUGACCCUGCAGCAUGUCUCUUAUCUGGCAGAUCAUUUAGUGUCCGAUGGGACCAGUUGUGCGUUUCUCUUCUUCUCUAAUCCUUGGCAAUACCCAGGAAUGUUUGCAGAACUCCUAGGGCACUUAGAGCUACAUAAUCUAUUUACCAGACCCUGUGCCCCUUGCAUUGUCUGCUGCACCAUUCCCUGACUCAGCCCUGUAAGGAACCUAGCAGAGCCCAGAGAGCCAUGCCAGGACUAAUAUGGCAAUACAAUCUGCUGUUUUGCAUGGAAAACCAAACAAGACAUUCCAUUUUUCCCUUUUGCUUUUGUUUCUGAAAUGGGUCCAUUGAUGUGGAGCAGCACCUACUCACAUGCAAAUGUUACUUUGAAGAUCCUCUGCCAGGCGUGACAUCUGCCUUGUUUUCACUCAUGUCGCUGGGAAUUCCAUGUAAGAAAUUAUGGGAAUCUUGUGUAUGUUAGAGUAAAGCUGGAACAGCUAAUUAAGCUAAUGAAGAUGCCUGCUUUGUUUCGGGGUUUUGUCACAAUUUUAAUUCCUACACAUUUUAGAAAAUAGAGAUUGGAGAGUUGUGCUUACGUCCCUCUGUUUCUCAUACUGCUGUAGCAACAAGCUCAUUUUCAGAGGCAUUACGCUGGAAACAUGCCACAGUUUGAAAAGAGAUUUUGUUCUGCAGAUUCUUCAGACAACCAGAGCUUGCAAGCUCUAUCAGAGUCUCUCCUGUGCCACUGUCUGCCAGUUAAAAUCAGUCUGACUGAAUCACAAAACGGCAAUAUUAAGUCAGUCAAUGGCGCCCAGUGGUUUAUUUAGCUACAGCAUCUGACAAACACAAGAAGGAUAUGCAGGUACCACAACAAUUGGCACUGCACACUGGAGUCAAACCCAGGAGCCAGAAACAGGGAGACAGUGUUACUGACCAGUACAUCUCCUUGUUGCCCAGCAGCUCUGCUAUCACACACGAUAUAAGCUGGACGAAAGAAGAAACAAUCCGAGCCCAUCGAGGGCCAGAUUUCAAAAGUUGUUUGUCUGCUUUCAAACUUUAAAACCUCAGAGGACUGCAGGUCCCUGUGUGGGUCUCUGAUGUGGAGCAGUGGGCAGGAGAUCGUCCUCAGUGCUGAGCUGUUUGUCUCACUUACAGACGUUCACAGCAUGUUGCAGGAGCAAUGGCUGUGGUCUUACUUGUGUUAAGGGUAAAGACAUGGCCUUAUAAAACCAGGAUAUUUGCAAGAGUAGAGUUCUGCAAAGAUCAGCUUGAGAAUCAGUAUUGAACAGCCUGGUUUGGCAGUGGGGCGGAGAUAUCGGAGAGUAUCACAUCUCUUUUGCUGCAGCUUUCUCCUGAGGCUUUCUUUUCUGCAAUUCUACUUGAAACAAUCCAUGUAACCUCAUUUUUUCUUCACAUCUGAACUGAUUCCGUAAGAACUUUUUUUUCUGGCAGAGGAACUGAUCGUGCCAAUUCUUCCUUGGGGAUCUGGCCUUCACAAUCGAGCGACUGGGGAGGGCGUCAGGGUGGGGGCUGGCUGUUCACUUGUUCUCUCUGAGGAAAUUCCCAGCAGAAAGAAGAUGAAAUAAAAUAAACCAGCCUGAAUCCAGACAGUGGAGAGGAGCAGGCAAAUGAUAACACUAAGAAAACAUCAGCCAAGAUGAAUAAAAAUGUCCAAUUUUAAGGAGGGUGGAAAUUGUGAAUGUCAGCACACUGUUUUUUCUUCUUUGCACUGUUAGCUUUGAACUUCCAUUCUCCUCCUUAAAUGGUUGACAUUUACCUGAAUGAAGGUUAAAUCCCUGGUUUUCUUUCAUGUGAAAGAAUAAUCGCUUUGUGGCUCCCUGCAGCUGUUGCCACCAGCCUUCUCUCUGCCUUUAUCGGGGCAUGUUAAGCUAAUUUCCACUGCGUGCUGAAACUGAGUGUCUUCCCUGAAUAAAAGGACAAUAGGCAAAUAGCAGGUUCUGGAAGCAAAGAGCACAGAACUCCCAGCGGGGUGCAAUAACAGUGAAUAUCUGGGCACUGUGAGAGGCCCAGAGUCUGGAAAAUAAACAUCACAAAAACGAGGGACCACUGAUGACAUCUCUCCUGUCCCAGCCAGAUCAAAGUGGCAGCACAAAGCCCUAAAACCCAGUGUUUUGAUGGCUUUACAAAACCACCAGUGUUAUCAGACCCAGUCUUUCACUGAGUCACUGUGCUCAGCUCAACAUCAAACAUCGGCAUCGUUCUCCGCCCUUUGACUGCCAAGAGGGGUGCAGUAGAGAAACAGACACGAACAGAAGACGGCCGCCUCCGGUGGAGGAGAUUUACAGACUUUGCUCCAGCUGUGUCUUUUAACCAGGUGUCGUAACCUUGCAGUUUCCCUGAGUUUGCGUCCUUUGCUGAGACUUUUCCCUUCCUGCUCCACUGUGAGCUUCUGCAGCUGUGUGGAGAGGGAGGCUGGGAGACUUCGGCUGUGGACCAGUCUCACUUUGGGGAUGGCCACGCCGCAGCUAGGGCAGGAGGAGGAGGUCAAAAAUGUUUUUAAAAAAAUUAUAGGAGUUUUAUAACCACUGGACCCGAGCAUGAAGCUAAAGGGUGCGAGCUUGAACUUUUGAAGACACUCACGUUCCUUUGGGCUUCUGUGUUCUCAAAAAACAGGUAUGUGCAAUUCACACGAAGGCCUGCCCUUGCUGCUGUUAUGUGCCUGUGUUUUGGAGACCCAGCACAAUAGCAGGGCUGAUGAGGAGAUACAGCAGCUCGCUGUCCCUGUGCUUAAUUCCUUUCUCACUGCCUCGCUGCUCACAGCACAGAUGAGCGUCUCACGUCUAGCUAUUUUCCUCCGUGACAGCGUUUUAACACAGUUCUCACGUUUAAUUUACUCUACUGCUGAGGAGCUAUUUUCUGUCUUUAUAGAGCAUCAAGUAAGACGUGAUCAGAAAGAUUGAUUUUUAAUUUUUUUUUUUAAACCUAGGAUAAAGAACUUCACAUUGUACGUACUUGAGACACCGGUAUGGGAAAUAAACUCCAGGCUUUUAUAACCAUCUACAACUUAAGCCUUGUUUUUAAAACUAAAACAAAAGAUUGGGGGUACUUUUUUGUUUUAAGAAGUUAUAACUUGAAUUAUUCAAUUAUUGUUAAAUGUGUCCUUUUUUGUUAGGUUCACUUGGGAGGUGUAUUUUUUACGAAAACAAAAAUGAGAAUUCUAUUUUACUGUUUGUAGAUUUGUGUAUGUUAAGAAGAAAAGCUAAUUUGUUUACAUGAAGUCUUAUUCUAAACAAUGUGCCAUAGUUGUACAUACAGUAGGUAGUUUCUGGUGACAGAGCCAUCGCCAUGGGAAUCUGCAAAAUAACUAACACGUGGAAUGCACUAUAUAUAUUUUUCCCUAAGCCUGUGCAGCAUUUAUGAAAACAGAACUUCUAUUUUGUUGUUGUUACUUACGGUUUAUUUUAAUUCUCCUUCAGCUGUGUUUGUCAGGUGUGCUGCCACAACGCUCUUCUCUCUUUGAAAUCCUGCCCCCACCAGGGGGCGCCACCCUUUCAGACCCGCUGCCUCUACUCGCAGCGAGUCGCUGUUACUGACCGGCCCCUGCUGGUCGGACCUUUUGUGACUGUGUGUGCAAUAACGAGGGCGUCGACGGGACCAGAAGGCGCUCGGGAUUGUACCCCGAGCAGGUCUAGGGCCCAUCUGAGACUGCAGUGCCAGAGUGAGGAACCUCCUGCUGGAGGAAAAGAACUCUGACACCGAAGACAACCCGCAGGGUGGUCCUGAGGGGCCUCGUGACAGCUGUGUUAGAAACGAAUCAGACAGAAAUGGAAACGUUGAUGCGGACAAUACUGUCAGUGUUACACUGCAAGCUCAGUACAACGACUAGGAGAUUUGUCUUAGGGUUGCUCCAAACAGCACGCUACAACUGUGUUUUUCAGUGUCAGUUUUAGAGGGGGUUAAAAAGACACCCUUCCCACCCUGGAGCAAAUGAGGCUGUGUUGACCCUUUGGUGGAUGAGAGGUACGUAAUUGAAGUGUAGGGUCGGCUUCUUUCUCCUUGGUUGGUGUCCCUGUCAUAUCACUAUCAAAAAGGUCUCCUUCUUUAUGUACUUAAUAUACUGUACAUGUAUCUUUGAGUGUAAUUUAUUUGUUGUUUCUAAGUGUGUACCGAGUAAGACGGAAACGCCAGUCACUCCCCUUCUUUGUAUGAACAAAUUAAAAAUAAGCAAAGUUGUUCUGAAAAAUG